AUGUGUAAAAAGGCUUUCAACACAAAACCUGAGCUGCAUGUCAACACUUUCAUCUCAGAGAUGGUCGCUCAGUUCAGACAGUCAGCUCAACAGAAAGCCAGCAGCAGCAGCUCAGUGUCCAAACCAGGAGAAGUUUCCUGUGAUGUCUGCACUGGAGCCAAACUGAAGGCCCUGAAGUCCUGCCUGGUGUGUCUGACCUCCUACUGUGAGACUCACCUGGAGCCUCAUCUGACAGCUUCAGGACUGAAAAGACACCAGCUGAUCGACCCUGUGAAGAACCUGGAAGACAGGAUAUGUACGAAGCACGAUAAACCUCUGGAGCUGUUCUGUAAGACCGACCAGACAUGUGUCUGCAUGCUCUGCCACGUUUCAGACCACAAGAUGCACGAUGUUGUCCCUCUGAGAGAAGGAUAUGAGGUAAAGAAGGCAGAGCUGGAGGCUGAAAUUCAGCAGAUGAUCCAGAAGAGAAAACAGAAGAUUCAGGAGAUCAAACGCUCAGUCGACCUCAGUGAGAAAGAUGCAGACAGAGAGAUCGCAGAAG